UGUAAUAAUUACAAAAUUCGGCUUACUCUUCUGCCUUCAGUGCCUACUUGACCAGGUGUGGAACUCUACCUGGAGAGGUGAAGAGAGGCUUUGGAGUGCUGGCAGCUUGUCUUUAUGAGGCAUCCUGCUUCCUCACCUAUCUGGGACUGGUGAGAGCACAUGCCCAUUUCUGCCUUCACAGGAUGAGUGUGGAGUUACUCUGUCUAGAUGUCUGGUUUACUCUUGCCUCCCAGGAACUCCUGGUCCAUCCCAUUGUUUACCUUGGAAUUGUGUAGCUAUAAAUAUUUCUGUAGGAGCAUUGCUGAUUUCAGGCCAUCUUCAUAAAUUUACAUUCUUUUUUCUCUUCACCACCCCACAUUCGCACACUGUAGGUCUACUUUAGGAUUUUCAGUCGCUUUGACCUCCUCAGCAAAAUCCUGUACGAUAGAAAUGAGGGUCACCAAAGGUUAUCACAGCACCGGCAUCUACGACAUUUAGAAAACAAAGUAGUCCCAGCCCCCACGCAAUAUCUCAGGCAAAGUAUUGUCUCAGGGACAAAGAUCAUGAUGGAAAUGAUAUGAAGGCUUAUGGAGAGAUUUCUCAUGGACGGAUUUCAGCCACAGCAGCUGUCCACAUAUGCUCUGACUCUGUAUAAGCACACAGCCACCGUGGACGGCAAGACCAUCCUCGUAGACUUUUGGGAUACGGCAGGCCAGGAGCGGUUCCAGAGCAUGCAUGCCUCCUACUACCACAAGGCCCACGCCUGCAUCAUGGUCUUUGAUGUACAGAGGAAAGUCACCUAUAAAAACCUGAGCACCUGGUAUGCAGAGCUUCGAGAGUUCAGGCCAGAGAUCCCAUGCAUCGUGGUAGCCAACAAAAUUGAUGCAGACCUACAAGUGACCCAAAAGAGCUUCAAUUUUGCCAGGAAAUUCUCCCUGCCCCUGUACUUUGUCUCAGCUGCUGAUGGUACCAACGUUGUGAAGCUCUUCAAUGAUGCAAUUCGAUUAGCUGUGUCUUACAAACAGAAUUCCCAGGACUUCAUGGAUGAGGUUUUGGAGGAGCUCGAGAACUUCAAGUUGGAGCAGAAAGAGGAAGAUGAACCAGACCAAGCGCACAGUGGCAGGAUCAAGAGCCUGUCCCUCGCCUGACCAGAGAGCAGCCUGUUGUGGCUGAUGUGGGAAUCUGACUUGGGAAUACCCCUCAAGCUCUGAAUGGAGAACGUUUCCAAGCCACCCCUGCUCAGCCUCCUACAGUCCCACUUCUGUGGUACAGGAGGAGGUCAGCACUGGCACAUCCUGGACAAGCAUGAAGUCCCACUUGAAUUAGGGAUUGGUGUCUUUCACACCUCCCUGCCCACCCCAACCAACAGUGGAGAGAAUCCAGGAAUGUUGUGUGUCUCUUUAGUAAACAGACUUUCAAAUGGUUGGGUUUUUUCUUCCCAAAACUGACCAGGGACUAUUUCUUGUACUUCUGCUAAGAGAAUGAUUGCUUAUCCCCAGUUACACCAUUUCCCCACUGCAGAAUGUGUGAGGCUCUGUUCUUUUUCCCCUGCAACUUUUAACAGCCAACUUUUUAAAAGAAGUUUUCAAACAGAUUGCAGUUUUUUAAGCACCUACUCUGUUUCAGGAGAUCUGGUAGUUCAGGUAAACGUUACAGGAACAGGUUUUCCAUUUAAAUUAAGUUAAAGCAGCUGUAGGGUAUAGCUGUAUUUGGUCACACACAGGCAUUACUGUUGGCAAACAUCAGAUUGUACAGCCACACCACAAGGAAUACCUAUUUGGAUUACAAAAAAAUGAUUUUCAAUAUUAAAAAAAACAAAAAGGUUUUCAGAACAGCUCCCUUUAGAGCCUCUGUCAGCAGAGAAAGGUCUCCUCCAUUACUCUAGGAAGAGAUGAUCACUGCCUACUGGAGUGAUCAUGGCUGAGGCAUGUAGAGGAAAGUUGCCUUUCCUCUCCUCCAUGGGAGCUAUGGCUUGAUAAUAUGUUCUUAUCACCAUCUGUGGCAUUAUUUGCAUUAUUGUCAUUAAUUUAUUUUGUUAGUCUUUUUUUACAGUAAAAAUUGAAAUACAA